GCAGGCAAAUGUAAGAGAUCCAAUCCUUCUUUUGAUCUAGCUUCUCUGUCUCACAAGCAGCCAAUCAUACGGCUGCAUGCUCCAAAGGUAGCUGCCAUGGUAACCAUGUAAACAGUUUCUUGUUGAAGCAGCAGCUGUUGAGAGAAACAGGCGCUGCAGUGAAUGUUUCUUUUGGGGACUCGGGUUUUAAACUGAUAUCCCAGUGGCCCAGACACUGAGCUGGUCCAAGCCCUUCCCCACAUUAUCCUCUUCCAUAGCGGUAACUCUGGUUGCUGCUUAUUCAAGUGCUUCGUCCCACAGAAGGCAGAUACAACGCUCAACCAUGUCCACCACAACCGCAGGCAACCUGAUCAACAGGGGCAGGAAACAGAGCUGCAGCAUGAAUAAGAUCUCAAAAGAGCAGAGCACAGUGAAGAAGUUAGCAUCGUCCUCAGCUUCUAAUAGGCGACUGAGCUUCACUAGCACGAUGCUUACUGGCAGAGUUGGAUCACUGGCUCGCAGGAGCAUACUGAUUUCUUCAGAGGGAAAGUCUUUUGACAGGUACUCCAUAGCAAGUGGCAGACCUCCUGUCCAGGUUUAUGAUGACCUAGGAAAAGAUGUGACUCCCCGUCCACUCUACCAACCUGAGCCAAGUGCUGCCGGACCCACCUCCGGGCCCAUGCACAGACAAAGCAAAAUCUUAUCAACCCAAGAUUUUGCUGGGGCAGUGCCAACAGAAUUCUUGUCAUCCCUCUCUCUGCAACAAGCAUCUGGGACAAGUAUUAGUUUAGCAGGCCCAUUCUCCAGAACUUAUGGUAGUAGCAGUAUUACAAAGUCUACUACUUCUACUGAAUCAAUGGCAGAAGAAAUUAUAGAACCUGGAUCCAGACUUGACGUGCUUGCUGGUUUUAUAGAUGUUCAGGUCAGGCGAGAGGAAGUGCCAGAGCCACUGACAAAGGGAGACCUGGAAAAGCGUGUGGAUAUUUUCCUUACGGAGACAGAAACAAUUUGGUUAUUUGACAUGCCAACUGUUAUGCUGUCUACAGAGGCUGAGGAAGCUGACUCUGUGAGAAAAAAGAACGUAGCUUAUAUGGAACUCUGUAAAAAUAGAGCUGGCAAUGACCGAUAUGUCAACAGAAUGAUGCAAACAAUAGGUGGCGAACCAAAGACUAAGGAAAUGCAAUGUGACAAAAUUAUCAUGGAAGACAAAGAGAUAAUGGCCACCACCUGGGAUUUGUAUGAUUCCUUUAAUGCAUUGGAAACAGCUAUCGCGGAAAAAAGUACCAGACCAAUAAGUGUGACCAGCAGUAAGUCAACUCUAUACAGGGGACGCGACAGAGCCAUGUCUGUAGCUUCUGUAGGGAGAGAAAGCACUACAAGUUCUAUCAUUGAUUUGGAAAGUAUAAUUCUCUCCCGGAUUCAUGAAGAGAUAGAAGACCGCUCAGAAGCUAUACUGAAAUCUGAAAAAUUUAAUCAAGAUUUGUUUUAUAUGGAGAGGGUCCUAAUGGAGAAUAUUUUCCAGCCCAAACUUGCAGCUUAUCGGCAGCUUCCUGUCCUCAUAGAGCCGACUGUCAAAUCUGAACAUAGCCUUUCUGAAUUUGAAGAGGAAUCCAUAGAUGAGGAAGAGGAGGAAGAGGAGGAAGCGCUCUCUGUUAGGUCAUCACUUCUGUUAGAAUUUAGUUCAGGACGAGAGGAAAUCCUACCACCUUAUAUAGAAGGCUUGUGGACCUAUGCAUGUGAUUUGAUGAGAGGAAACAAUGUGAGCUGCCUAGCUUGGAACAAAUUGAAUCCUGAUCUACUGGCUGUUGGUUAUGGACAGUUUCGUUUUAAAGAGCAGAAAAAAGGCUUGACUUGCUGCUGGUCACUGAAGAACCCAACGUGGCCAGAGCGUGUCUAUCAAUCUCCUCAUGGGGUAACUGCAUUGGAUUUCUCUCUAGCCAAUCCAAACCUCUUAGCAGUUGGAUUGUACAAUGGGACAAUAGCAGUCUACAAUGUCCAGACCCAUUAUCCAACUUCAGUUUUAGAUACCAGCGAAUCUUACGAUAAACACUUGGGCCCUGUGUGGCAGCUGAGGUGGGUUGAGCAGGACAGGGGAAUAACAGGAGAAGACAAAGGGGAGAUACUAGUCUCCAUAUCAGCAGACGGCAGAGUGACUAAGUGGUUUGUUCGGAAAGGAUUAAGCUGCAAUGAUCUGAUGAAACUCAAGCGAACAGCAAGUGACAAGAAAAAGGGAGGGGCAGAAAAGAAAAGCGAAGCACUGAUAUCUCGACAAGCUCCAGGAUUAUCCUUUGAUUUCCAUCCAAAGGACACUAAUAUAUACUUGGCUGGAACUGAGGAAGGUUUUAUUCACAAAUGCUCUUGUUCUUACAAUGAGCAGUACUUGGAGACCUACAGGGGACACAAAGGCCCGGUGUACAAGAUAGCAUGGAAUCCAUUCAGUACAGAAGUGUUUCUAAGCUGUUCUGCAGACUGGAGUAUUAUAUUGUGGCGCGAGGAUUCAGUCCGCCCUGUUUUGACUUUCAGUUCCACUGCCAAUGUUAUUUAUGAUAUAGCGUGGUCUCCCACUUCAGCAUAUGUGUUUGCAGCAGCGAACGAAACCAGGGUGGAAAUCUGGGAUCUUAGUGUCAGCACCCUGGAUCCCCUGAUUGUGCAUCCUGCCACUGGAACUGUGAAAUUCACGGCUGUGCUUUUUGCUAAAAACGCAGAUUGCCUUCUAAUUGGCGACAGUGAAGGAUCAGUCACCGUGUACGCACUAAGAAAUAUGAUCCCUCCAGACAGUAAGAAGGUGGAUGCUUUGCAUGAUAUGAUUGGCUCGGUUCUGACCAGUCCAGUGUAGAUUUUUUACAGCAAUAUUCCAUGAAAAAAGGAUGUGAUAUUUAAUGCCUAGCAGUUAAUUAUGCAACAACCAACCAACCAACCAUUAAGUGUGUGUGAGUUUAUAUAUGGGAAUAAAUUUGUUGGGAAUUAUUUUGAAAAGCCACAGAUGUUUGCUUGGGAAGUCCCAGUCUUUACACACACUGCUAAAGUGAGAUACUGUAAUCAAUUCUUGCUACCAAUGUAGUAUAGUAAAACAAUGUGCUGAAGACUCUCCAGGAGGCAGAAGCUAAACCUGCGUUAUAUGCUCUGGCAAGAAAAUGCUUUUGUAAAUACUAUAGACACCUACAUAGCAUUUCAUAGGUUAUUGGAAAACAUGGAUUAUUUGGGCAGGAGAAAAGGCCUCCAGAUUAUGUCCCAGCAUUUAAACUUUGCAAAUCCUGUCUCCUGACUCAAAAGUCUUGCAUUUAAAUACUCUUGCUUCCUUUGCAGGUACAGUAGAACCUUGGUUUUGAAGCAUCUUGGAAGCUGAAUGUUUCAUUCACCAAAAACCUGGAAGUUAUUGCUUCCAUUUUUGAACGCGCUUCAGAAGUUGAACAGGUUCUGAGGCACGUUUCUCAAUUUUCUGCAUUGAAAUUGCCGACCGCCCAUUGUGCCUCAGUUGUUGAACGUUUCAGAAGUUGAACGGUCUUCCAGAACAGAUUAUGUUCAACAACCGAGGUUCCACUGUACAGUCCAGGAGAGCUGCCACACAUGGGCAUUAUAUUUAACUACAGUAACAUUAAACUGGAUUCAACAGUUUAGAAAAAGCACUGGAUGUUUAAACAGAUAAAAAAUAUAGACACAUUAAGAAGCACAUUAUAACCCAUUUCCAUGUGCAUUUUGCACAUUUUUAUGAAGAGACUGUGACAACUCUAUUUCCUCUAUGUUUCUAAAUAUACUAUUAGUGUUAACAGUGUGUUAAUCAUUAUCCCAAAAUGUGAUAAGAUGUUAGUUCCUUUCUUUUAUUGAGUGGAAACAUUGGUUUACUUACUGGUUCUACUAAGGUACAGAAUGAUAUUUUCAAUGCAUUUGUAAGCAUCAAGGUAAAUAUUAGUGAACAAACAUUUAGUUUUUUAAUGCUGGAGAACAUGGGUGAUAACAGGAGUCAAUAGGGGUCUUCGUGGUAUAUCUGCUAUAUGCAAG